GCAUUUGAGGUGGGGAAGUGUCCAGGUCUUUCAAGAACUGUACAUUGUCCCUGCUUGGUUUUACGUGUAAUAAAGCCACGGACCCAAGCAUCCCUGAAGAAAACUGGGAAUGUAUCCAGCGGUUCUGUGACCAAGUGAACGCAGACCCAGAAGGCCCAUCCAUUGCACCCAGGCUGCUAGCACAUAAGAUACAGUCGCCUCAGGAGAUGGAAGCGCUUCAUGCCUUAACAGUGCUGGAGACAUGUGUGAAUAACUGUGGCGAAAGGUUUCACAACGAAGUGGCAAAAUUCAGAUUUCUGAAUGAACUGAUAAAAGUGCUGUCUCCGAAGUAUCUUGGAACCUGGUCUACAGAAAAGGUCAAAUCGAGAGUUGUAGAAAUAAUGUUCAGUUGGACGGUUUGGUUUCCUCAGGAAGUUAAAAUCCGGGACGCUUAUCAGAUGCUGAAGAAACAAGGAAUCAUAAAACAAGACCCCAAACUCCUAGAAGACAAAAUUUUACCACCUCCUUCUCCGAGACCAAAGAAUUCUAUUUUUGAUGUUGAUGAAGAGAAAUCCAAGCUCUUAGCAAGACUUCUAAAGAGCAACCACCCUGAGGACCUGCAGGCAGCCAACAGGCUGAUCAAGAGCAUGAUUAAAGAGGAACAAGAAAAAUCUGCCAAAGUGUCCAAAAGACUGAAUGCAAUUGCUGAGGUUCACAGCAGUGUUAAACUUCUGGGUGAAAUGCUGACCAGCUACAAGAGGCAGGAGUUAUCUAAAUCUGACCUACAGAUUCUGCAGAGCCUGUUUGAACGCUGUGAGAAGCUCAGAGCACUGCUCUUCCGCCUUGCCAGCGAGACUACUGAUGAUGAUGAGGCUUUGGCAGAGAUUCUCCAGGCUAAUGACAAACUCACCCAGGCGCUCGGCUUGUACAGGCAGGUUGUAGUGGGCCAUGACCAGGGCAGGAGGAGUUCGGUGACCAGCUCCACUGAUGCCUCAGCACCUCAGUCCCCGCGGGGCAGUACGAAGAGCUACACACUGAUCGACUUCUCCGAGCUGGGUUCCAUGUUCGAGUCUCUCACGCAGCAGGGCGUGAACACAACAGCCGCCGCUCAGCACAGGAGCACCUCUGCCUGCCUGCUCGACGAGGAGCUAAUGUCAUUAGGUCUCAAUGAUUCCCCUGUUGGACAGAGACUGUCACCUGAUUUCAGCUCAGUACAGAGUGCUGGGCUCAAUGGAUAUAAUCAAACCGGAAAUGCUGAUACCCAUCAAACCGUGGUGCUGGGGGAUAGCUGGCAGGGCGGCUCACCAGAGAGGAGUGUGCCUCAGGAUUUGGCAGGGCAGCUGUCUCCGCCUCCUGUGACCAGGCCAUUUCCAAUGAACUUACCACCAGUGCAGUUGUCCACUGCAAGCCUUCCGAGCAGCUUAGCUGCAGACGCUUUGUUCUCUGACCCAGCCUAUGAGCUGAAACCUGCUGCUCCUUCGCAGCCAGCCUCCAGUGAUGCUGCUUUUGCAAACCUUUUUGUCCCACUCAUUUCAAUUACACCAAGCAGUAUCCCUCCAGUUACAGUGUAUGAUAAAGAUGGUUUCAAGGUCAUGAUCCAUUUCUCCAGAGACCUAGCCCCCGGGCGACCAGAUGUACUGGUGAUGGUGCUCUCCAUGCUCAGCACAUCCACUCAGCCAAUUAAGGACAUCGUGUUCCAGGCCGCGGUCCCAAAGGUCAUGAGAGUAAAGUUGCAGCCGGCGUCUGGUUCUGAGCUUCCUGCCUUCAGCCCUUUGCUCCCUCCAGCUGUGAUAUCCCAGGUUCUGCUGCUCGCCAACCCACACAGAGUACGUGGCAGUGACUCUGCCAAGCGCUCCCCUUGGAUGUGUGACCCCAUCCGAUUACGGUACAAGCUAAUGUUCAUGCAGGGCGGGCGGCCCUUCAGCGAAGUGGGGGAGGUGACUGGCUUUCCGGAGGCCGAACUGUGGCCUGGGAGCUGAACUGCUGCUUUGAUGGAACGUGGACAUUGCUGCAUUGUCUUAGCACAGCCCUGUGGGGUGCCGCCUGGGAGGGGCAGCGAGAGCCCCUCCACCGUGUGUGUGUGGCUGGGGGAGGCGCCCAGCACCCAGAAAGCCGGGGUGGGCUCCAUGCUGGCUGCUCUCCCCUGGGGCCCAGUCUCCCACUCCUGCUCCGGUUUUCCUUGCGGGUACCUGGUAGGAGAGAGUGCAAGCCAGAUGCUCCUGCUCUUUGCCUUACUGCAGCAUUCAUCCCUCCAGUGGCUGGAUGCUCCUUGCCUACCAGCAUUUCUGCUUUCUCCUGCUUGUUGAGCCAUUUUGCCCUCUGGCCUCUUUUAAAGCAAUUCUCCGAUUCGGGCCCUGUUUGCUCCCAGCUCUUGAUGCUGGUGUCCGCAGUGUCUGGGGAUCAGUGCUCUGACCUCGCAGUGAUGGGUGUGGUGUGAGCACCUGGGUAUAGAACAGAACGACUGUGGCUUGAAACAGGGCUGAAUCCAUAAGCCAGACCUGUUGGGUAUUGCCACAGCCUCAGCACCGCAAGGGCCUGGGUCCUUGCCCCUUACCCUGGGAUCCUCGGUGCCUUCUCAGCCUCACCAUGAUUCCUGAGGCAGCCUCCACGCUGGGGAGCAUCCUGCAGGGGGCUCUUGCAGGCAGGGCCCCCUGCAGCAUGGGGGUUUGUGUCUAUGCAAAGCUUGUUUCCUUCCUGGUCACUCAAAACUUAAGGGGAAAAAUGUGUAAAGAAUUUCACUGCUGCACAAGUGGAAACAUGGCUCAAGUACUAAGGCAUCUGAGCUGCUCCAUGGGGAGAGCUUGUCUGGAGAAAUCACUUUGUACGUCUGUGUCUAGACAAACCUCUGCUUAGGCCUGCUCUCCCCUUGUUCCCUCUGUGCUGGGAAGCAGAGGAGAAAGGACCCCCUGUGCUGUUAUUAGUGGAACGUGUCCAGCCAAUCCAGCGUUGUGCGUCAGGUUUUAUAUGAUGCUGAACUUGCACAUUUUUAAUCAAAGUAUUUUUGACUCCUGAUUGUCAUUGUUGCUGCUGGUGACUGAAAUGCCAUAGCAUUAGUUAUCCCCGGCACAGUGGAGUUUGGCCACACAGUGGCGCUGUUAGAGCUUUUUAUACUGUACAGAGCACUGGAUUCCCAGGUACAGUCAUAAUAAACAGCAUUUGCUUUGACAG